AUGAAGUGGCAAUCAUGGAAUCGCGUCCUUGGCUUGUCUUCUCGUGCCAUUUUCCUGACAACUCAACGCCUGUUGGACGUUGCAGCUGUUGUGUACUCGGGUGAAAGCAAAGGACCUUCAACCACCCCGAUGAUCUUCGGCCUGCUGCUAUCGACGCUGCUAAUGGUCGUGACCAUGAGGACGCAUUGGUCAGGUCUGCGGCAUCGUCCUCAUGGGACGGCUGUAGCCGUGGUGACCUCAUUCCUGCAAAUAGCAGCUGUGUGGGAGAUGGCUGACAAAGUGAUUUCAGGUGGUCGCCCACGGCCGAAAUAUCGCGUUUUAGAUUCAGAGGCUUCACAGCCGUUGCUGCCGCUAGCCUCUGCGCCAGAUCCGAGCUCCAACCCUCCCAAGGGCAGCCCUGGGGAGAACGCCAUGCGCGGAGUGCGCAAGUUGAGCAUUUGCAAUAUCCCACAGGCCUUUGUUUCCUUAUGGUUUCACAUGGGUCUCUUGAUAGAUGGUGCUUUGACAGCAUCAAAUCCAUUUCAUUUGACGGUGGUCUUUGUCGCUGGCUAUUUGUCCCUCAGCUUUGGCAUCGCUGAUUUCGUGCUAUACAUCUGGGUGGACGACGUCUUUGUGAGGAGGAACAAGAAGUUGGUCACCGCUCACUACUGUGUGGAGAUCCUUUCGAGAUUACCCACCUUGGCAUUUUUCCACUAUGCCUGCAAGAGUAAGACGGGGCCCUGGCCCUUGCUGAGUUUGUUUCUGCUGGAUGUGUCUGGCACCUCUUUGCUGCUACGCUUCGCACGCGCACAUAAGUCCUUGCUGGACUCCACCUCCACAUCGAGAUGCGCGAACUUCCUGUUUUCAACUGUGGUUUCGGCACAGCUCUUCUUCGUAAACAUUGUCUUCUUCGACCCUGGCAUGCACUUUCUUUAUGUCAACCAGGUUUUCUAUGUGAUGAAGUACCUGGAGUUUGUGAUCAUGUGGCGCUGUAUUCAGGAGGCCCGCUUUUUAAGGCCGCACAAUCGCUGGAAUGAAGAGAUCGCCAUGCUUCCCAAUGGUUGGUACCAUGGCCUCUUCUUCUUCUGCGUGUUUUUCGUGCUGCUCAAUGCGGUUUUCGUCUGGAAACUGGUGCCCGAGCGUCGUAGGCAGAAAGAUCAAAGGUAUUUCUCACCGUCGCCCGCAUGGCAUGGCCAUGGCGAGCAGGCAUCCAAUGCUCCCGCGGCUGGAGAGACCACCCGAGUUGGAUCCAACUAUGGCGAUGCGACUCAUCAGCGGCAGCUGCGGGGACUGGAAGGGAUCUUCGAACUACUUCUGCUGCUGAGCAAAGUUCACCAUCCCAAGAAUCGGUCAAGGAUCGUCAUCUCCAUCCUUGAUGAACUGUGGCUGCAUGCCCUGCCCUGGGAGGGAAUAUAUACCGAUGAAGCCGGUGGAGAGCACAGCCUGCAAGUGAGCGACCAUGGCAUUGUCAAAGCUGAGACACUGGAGGAUGUGCUCGGAAGUGUGAGCAAAGGGCACCUGGAGAUGUCAGAUGGACGCCAUGGCACAUUCGAUGGUCACAUCCUUCGAUGGUCGGAUGGCAAGAUUUGGAGAAGAGUUGAGGAGCAAAGUGGCAUGCAUCAGGACUUGAAGCUGAUCCUGCCUCAACUGGCAGCUGCCCUGCGCUGGGAUUGUCAUACCUCCGAAUGGCCAAUGGAGCGCAGAGUGCCUUCGACUGGCAGCACUUGGCCAUGGCGACGUCCGUUGCUGGAAUUUCUGGUGGAAUAUGCGGAGAUCACGGAGCAGAGGGAUUUCAUUUGUGACCUCUACUGGUCCCUGGUGUGUCUUUCGAAUGAGGAGGUCGACAGAAAACUGGGGCAUCAGUCGGAAACAAGUACUUAUCGCUCAGUUCGCUUCGCUCUGGUGCAGAUACUGCUGGCUGGGGCCACUGCGGGUCAGGAUUUUUAUGUCCAGGCACGGCAAGACAUCUACCGACAGCGCGAAGUGUGGCGCCAACACAUGGUGCUCUACACUGAGCAGCAGCGCUCCGGUGGGGGUGCCGCGGUGAAGACCAACUUCCUCCGGGAAGUGCUGAAACGCUUGAGCGAAGAACCACGGGAUCGGGUGCCCAAAGAUGAUGUCACGGCGGAAGAUGAAGCAUCCUUGCAUGUUACAACGGAUCAGCAGGCUAUUUGUUUGCUGUCACCCCGUGAUGACCUUGGGAAUCGCUUGCAGGUCUCCCUCCCAGUGGAUCCCACGGCACUCUUCUGUGGCACUGUGGUGGAGGAGAGUGAAGUGCUCCCUUCCAAGCAGGCGCCUGUGAUGUUGGUGUGCAGAAUGCAGAGAGCCAGGCAAAGUCCUCUGGCAGCUGCAGAAUUUGCAUCUCCAAGUCAUGCGGACAACGAGGUGAAUGAAAGAUACCUGCUGAAGGUGGGUGAUGAUUUGCGGCAAGACCAGCUGAUGCUUGAGUUGAUGUCGUUGAUGGGGCGAGUUUGGCAAGCACACCUGCUGCCUGAAGAUGUAAGGCUGCUGCAUUUGGCAGAGUUCCGAGUGUUGGCGGUGACGCCCAAUGCUGGCUACGUGAAAUUUGUUCCGCACUCCACUUGCCUGACGGAAGUUCUGCGACAAUCCAGAGGGAAUGUCAUGGCGUGGCUGUCACAGCAUAAGCCCAAAUCCAUGACAGUGGAAUCAGUCAUGGACAACCUCUGCGGAAGUGUUGCAGCCUCCUGCGUGGUGACUUAUGUCCUGGGCAUCGGUGACCGACAUUUGGAGAACAUCUGCUUGACACCUUCAGGCUAUCUUUUCCACAUCGAUUUUGGCUUCGUCCUGGGAGAUGAUCCUAAACCUCUCUCGCCACCAGUGCGGCUCCCGGCACAGAUUGCUCAAGCCUUGAUCGCCAGCAAACGACUCAACAAGUGCUUCAAAUUGGCAAAGCGCGCCUAUUUGGCGCUGCGUCCCUUCGCCCAGCUCUUUGCGGCGCUGUUGCAGGUGGGCUCGGGCGGCGCAGGCUGCGCCAAACUGGCGCAGCAGCCCAUGGCCGCAGUGGCCGGGGUCCAGGAACGGCUGCGCGUGGAGGAGGAAGACGAGGAACGCGCUGCAGCAGAGUUCUUAGCCUUGGUGCGAGAGAGCUCUCAAGGAUUUGCUGCAGUCAUGAUCGACAAGGUGCAUGCUGCUGGCCUCUUCUGGCGUUGA